UUUUUUCUUUGACUGCGAUUUUUUCUCUUCUAUUCCUAAAAAAAAAAAAAAAACUUUUCGUAUAAUGUGAGAUUAAAUUUCUUGUUUUGAAGUUUGGGUUUUGAUCAGUUUUUAGCUCUCUUGAUUGGGUAGUUUUCUGUUUUUUCUUUGUGUAGAAAAAAAAACCAAAAAAAGUCUCUUUUUUUUACUAUCAAGAGAGAUGAAGGUGACUGCGACGGCUGUGACGGUUGAUUCCGGUUUUGGGGACGACCAAGUGUGGCCACCGGGGUUUCGGUUUCACCCAACUGAUGAAGAGCUGGUUCUUUAUUAUCUAAAGAGGAAGAUCUGUAAAAAAAGGCUUAAGCUUGAUAUCAUUAGGGAAACUGAUGUUUACAAGAGGGAUCCUGAGGAAUUACCUGGGCAAUCGGUACUGAAGAAUGGGGAUCGACAGUGGUUCUUUUUCUGUCCAAGAGACAGGAAAUACCCUAAUGGAGCAAGGUCAAACAGGGCUACCAUACAUGGGUAUUGGAAGGCAACGGGAAAGGAUCGUUCUAUUACUUGCAAUUCUCGAGUUGUUGGAAUCAAGAAAACUUUAGUUUUCUACAGAGGGCGAGCACCUAAUGGCGAGCGAACUGACUGGGUGAUGCAUGAAUACACCCUUGAUGAAGAGGAACUAAAGAGGUGCCAGAACGUAAAGGAUUAUUAUGCUCUCUAUAAGUUGUAUAAAAAAAGUGGACCUGGCCCUAAAAAUGGUGAGCAGUAUGGAGCUCCAUUUAAAGAAGAAGCGUGGGAUGAUGAGGAAUAUUCUAGUAUCCCUUUAGAUACAAUCACUCCUGUGAAGCCACCUAAUGAGGUCAUUCCUGAUGAUAAUGUAAAAGCUAAUGUUCAAUCUGAGUCUCCAUUGAGUGAUAUUGAGGAGUUUAUGAGACAGUUUGCUGAUGAGCCUGCACUUCCACAGCCGCAAGCUUAUCAUAGCCAUGUAUUGCCUCAGGUUGUCAGUGCAGAAGACACACAAAGUACUUUGCUGGAUCCUUCUCCAAGGGGUGUCCUCUUUCCUGAGCAACUUACAGUUCUCCAUGGUCAAGCAAGCUUUGAAUUUCCAGAGUCGCCUAUUUCUCAAUUGCUGUUGCAGGAGGCACCUGAGGUCACACCUGUCACCGACCACCUUGAUCAGGUACCUCAAUUAUGUGAGGAGGAUUUCUUGGAGAUUGAUGAUCUCCUUGGUCCUGAACCUUUGAUCUCCAAUAUCGAGAAACCUGUGGAGAACAAGCAGUUCAAUGAGUUGGAUGGGCUGAGUGAAUUUGACCUGUACCAUGAUGCAGCCAUGUUUCUACAGGACAUGGGGUCUAUUGAUCAAGGAACAGUUCCAUUCUUGUAUGAUAAUAUGAUAAAUCAGGUAAGUUACCAGUUGGAACCCCAAUCUAAUAUAAGCCUGAUGAAUCAGCAGUAUCUGCCCCAUUCUAAUCUAAACCUGAUUGAUAAGCAGUGGCAAAACCAAGCAAAUGCAAAUAUGAUGGAACAACAUUUGCAGCCUCAACUGAAUGCGUCAGGGGGUAAUAUGUUGAACCAGAUGGUUUAUCAAUCUGGUCCAAAUAUAAACUCAAUGGAUCAGCAAUUGGUGCUUCAUUCAAGUGUGGACCAGGUGGAUUACCAUGGGCAGAAUCAACAGCUGCAAAUGGAUCAGAUUAAUGGUGCACUUUGGACACAUGAUCAAAAUGGUGAUGUUUUCAUUCCAUCAGGAUCAAAUCUUGGGAAUGCUUCUCCAACUUCAGGUUUUGUAAACAAUGGCCCUAAGCAAGACCAAGGUAACAAAAAUGAUGGCAGUGGUGGUGGAAGCUGGUUUUCAUCUUCUUUGUGGUCGUUUGUGGAUUCAAUACCUACGGCUCCUGCUUCUGCAGCUGAGAGUCCAUUGGUAAAUCGGGCAUUGGAGCGUAUGUCUAGCUUUAGUAAAUUGAGAAUACAUGCAAUGAAUACUGCAGUGAAUGGUUCUGCUAGUGCUAGGAGGAGAAGCAGGAAUAGGGGAUUCUUUUUCAUUUCUAUUUUAGGUGCAUUGUGUGCUGUCUUAUGGUUCUUGAUAGGAACAGUUAGGGUCCUAGGGAGAUCUAUCUCCUCCUGAAUAUAUAUAUGUAUAAGUUGGAAGUGAAGUGAAGUGAAAUUAUUGCAUGGACAACAUAUAUGCAUAGUUUUAAUAUCUAACUAAUUUUGAAUGUAAAGGAAGAAAGUGAUAGCUGAUGAAGUAAGGCAAUGAAUGUUGAACCCCUAUUCGUUUUGUAGAGAUCCUUUUUCUUAACUAAAUAUGUAAUCUGUUUAUGUGUCCAA